UGAUAAAAUAAUGAGUGUCGGCCGUCGUGCAGAGCUGCUGUAAUUUAGCUGUUUAGUGUUUAGUGCUUAAAUUAUUAUUGUUAAGUGUUAACAUUUUUCUAUCGCACAACGUAAUAGUCAAUAGAUCAUUAAAACAGAAAAUUAUCGUCCAAUUCAAAUGACAGUCUACUAAUGCAGACCUUUAAGAUUUAUCUGCAGUACAAUCGUGACGUUGAAAUGUCUAGUAGUUAAUACGAGCAAUUUGGAAUCAGUCAACUUUGUCUCGAUUUCUAGUACUUGGCAUUCAACGCUUAUAAUUUAAGCCCUGUUAUUCUUCAUCUAUUGUGAUAAUUCGGAAUAACUAUGAGCGUGGUACAAGGUGGACUCAGCAAACUGAAGAAAAAACACAUUGGUGUGAAGAGACAGAAGGUUAAGUUAUUCCGUGCCAAUGAGCCACUGCUGUCAGUUCUCAUGUGGGGUGUAAAUCAUACUAUAAAUGAAUUGAGCCAUGUAACAAUACCAGUGAUGCUACUUCCUGAUGAUUUUCGAGCGUAUUCAAAAGUCAAAGUUGACAACCAUUUGUUCAACAAGGAGAAUAUGCCUAGCCAUUUUAAAAUCAAAGAAUACUGUCCAUUGGUGUUCCGUAAUCUGAGGGAACGUUUUGGUAUUGAUGAUCUGGAUUAUAAAGAGUCAAUGACUAGGUUCUCUGAGCAAAGCAGCUACUGUUGUCGCAAAAGUCAAAGCAAAUCUAUUAUGAUGUACAAUCGAAGAUCUUUGACUACUCCUAAUUUACAUAUGGAGACAGCUAACUAUAAGCCUAAGAAAUUGAAAGUUAAUUAUACUGAAAUUAAAAGAAGAUCACAACCUGUUUCAGCAGAUGCGACAGGCAAGAGUAACGCAGGUUUUUACUAUUCAUACGACAAAUUAUUCAUCAUUAAAACAUUAACAAGUGAAGAAGUUGAAAGAAUGCACUCAUUUUUAAAACACUAUCAUCCUUAUAUAGUUGAAAGACAUGGAAAAACUCUUCUUCCUCAAUAUUUGGGAAUGUAUCGCUUGACUGUUGAUGGCGAUGAACAUUAUGUUGUAGCCAUGAGAAAUGUGUUUAGCAAUCAUUUGGCCACACAUAGAAAAUUUGAUCUCAAAGGUUCUACAGUAGAUAGAGAAGCUUCAGAUAAGGAGAAGGAAAAAGACUUACCAACAUACAAAGACAAUGAUUUUGUCAAAGAACGUACAAAAAUAUAUAUUGGAGAUGAAGCAAAAGAUAAGUUAUUAGAAACAUUAGGAGCAGAUGUUGACUUUUUGACGGGUUUACAUUUGAUGGACUAUAGCCUGUUAUUAGGCAUACAUGAUUGUACUCGUGCAGAGCGUGAAAGGGAAGAGGCAAUUGCUAGUGGUACCGGAGAUAUUAAUGCAGAAGAAGAAGAUGAAGAUGCUGAAGACAGCGAGGGUGCUGGGAAUACAGUGACUUGGGCAAAUACUCCUCCAGAUUCUCCACAUAGUUUAUUAGCCCGCGAUACAAGUCUCUGCCAGUAUGAUGCAGCAGCUAUCAUACCUGAUCUCGAUAUUUAUGCCAUACCUAGCAGUGAAGGUGCACCAGUUCGAGAAAUUUAUUUUAUCGCAUUGAUUGAUGUACUUACACAUUAUGGCGUUAAAAAGCAGGCAGCCAAAGCAGCUAAAACAUUGAAGCAUGGAUCAAACGUGGAUGGCAUAUCAACAUGCGAUCCAGAACAAUAUGGCAAACGUUUUAUUGAGUUUUUAUCAAAAGCCAUUGAAUAAAUUAUUAUUUAAAAUUUCUUCCAUUUUGAAAACAAACAAUAUAUAGUGUGCUAAGUAUUAUUAUUUAACGCUAGUUUUGUAUACAGCAACGCUUGCUUUAAACACUAUAUAUUACUACUGGUUUGAAAUGAACGUACUUUAUUUUUUACAUAUUUUUAGAGUUUAAUUAAUUGCUAUACCUAAUUUUGUUUUUAUAUUAUUAUAACUUAUUGUGUGGCCAAAAGUUAAAUCACUAUUAUUUUAUAGUUACCUUAAGAGUUAAGAUAAAAAUACAUUAAAAAAAAAAGAAACAAAUAGUCUUAGAAUAGCACAAUUUUUUUUUAAAAAUAAUUCAUUGAAAAACUAUUUUUUCCACUUGAAAAUAAUAUGUGCCCAAACAAAAGAAACUAUAUCUCGUAAAAUAUACAAAAAAUACUAAGCAAUCAGUAAUUAAUAUUUCUUAAUUGCAUCUUGUAUGUGUUGUUGUCUAUGUGUGCCAUCACAAAAUGGUCGAUGAGAUGUUUGUUUACAAUUGCAUAACCAAUAUUCUUUGGUUUCUGCUACUUGAACUCGAACUGGUUUCAUUGUUAUUCGAAAUUUUUGAUUUUUAUGAGUACCAUCGCAAAAUGGCUGAAAUUAAAUAAAUACAAAUAUGAAAUAUUAUUAUUUUUUCUUAAUAAUAAUAAUAUUAUAACUACAGUAUGUUAUUUUAAUUUAAGUCAAUAAUACAUUAAGUUUGUAUAUAAGUCCGUGCAUACCUGUUGUCGACUCAUACCACAAGAACACCAAUUAUACUUUUUGUCUUUCUCUAGUGUAAUUUUAAAUGGCCUUUUAUCAUAAAUUACACCCAAUUGCUUUUGUUGUGCUGCUGUAUAGACAUCUUCUAAUAAGUUUUUUGGUAGUAUUUCAUCUAUUUUCUUAGAAUAAACCCUCUGGAAUAAUAUUUAUAAAUUAAUAAAUAAAACUAUCAAUAACUAUUGAGAUUUA